CUGACAGACGGCCAACAGGAGGAGGAGCUAAGGACACAGCCCGUCCACUUCAAGUCUCUCACCAUCUAGCUGUCAUUUACCUGGCAGAAAGGAUGCAAGACUAUUCAAGGCUUAGGAUGCUGCAUGGCUGCAUCCCUGGUGUUCAGACUGCAUGACAGAGGACCACAGGUGGUGAGGGAGGUGCUUCUGGAGCGAGGAUGGGAGGAAUAUGACCAAGAGGAACGGGAGGCGGAAGACUGGAACCUCUACUGGCGGGGCUCUGCAUUUCGGAACUCUGAGUAUCACAACCUGUUGCCAUGGCAGCGCCUCAACCACCAUCCCAAAACUGUUGGCAUCACACGCAAGGACUGCUUGGCCCGCAACCUGAGGAGAAUGAGGGCCACGUUUGGCUCGGCGCUCUACGACUUCAGUCCCACCGCCUUCAUCCUCCCCAACGACUACACCCGCUUCCUGUCUGAAUACAGCAGCCUGCGCGUGACCAGGGGACCGUCGGCCUACUGGAUAUGCAAGCCCGUGGAUCUCUCCAGAGGCCGGGGGAUCUUCAUCUUCGAGGACAUCAAGGACUUGGUCUACGACUGCCCUGUGAUCGUACAGCGGUACAUCAGCAAACCCCUGCUGAUCUCCGGCUACAAGUGCGACCUGCGGAUCUACGCGUGCGUGAAGAGCUUUCACCCGCUGACCGUUUACAUCCACCAGGAAGGCCUGGUGCGUUUCGCCACCGAGAAGUACAACCUGUCGUCCCUGCGCAACCUGUACGCCCAUCUCACCAACACCAGCAUCAACAAGUUGGGCCCCUUCUACAAGGCGGCGAAGGAAAGAGUGGGCCAAGGAUGCAAGUGGACCAUGAGCAAGUUCCGGCAUUUCCUCCAGAGCCAGGACAUCAACAAGCUCCUCCUGUGGCAGCGGAUCAACAACAUCGUCACUCUGACCCUCCUCGCCAUCGCGCCGUCCGUGCCCUCCUGUCCCAACUGCGUGGAGCUCUUUGGCUUCGACAUCCUCGUCGACGCCGCGUUGAAGCCGUGGCUGCUGGAGGUCAACUACAGCCCUGCGUUGACGCUGGACUGCCAAGCAGAUAUCACAGUGAAGAGAGGGCUGGUCGGCGACCUGAUCGAUUUGAUGAACUACACGUUGGUCGACAGCCUGAGGGAGCGGGCCUAUCGGAGACAUGGGUUCAAGCGGCUUUGUUUCCGUGCCAACCGCCCUUUGCAUGUUCCAACACCGCCGCUGCUCCCCAAGGUUAAAGAGAUCAAAUGUCAGAAGCGACGGAGUGGCGGCCGACCCUCACAGACGCUCCCACUGAUAAAAACUCUUCGCCAGCCAGAAAAGAGGAACCAAAAACAGUCCAGACGACACGCCCCCGUGGCCGAGUACCAGAGACACCUUCCCCCUGUGGACUCAAACCACAUACAUGCAGUGAACCAGACCCACAGGGACACAACCCUGAAACUGAUCUUCGGGCCGUGUUCAAGGACAAACGCGUCAGUGGUGAGCAGACACAUGUGUCCGGCUCUCGCUCCGCGUCUGACGGGCAACAGGAGUCUCCGCGGGUCUGAGGUUACAAACCACGACGACACCGACUCAGAAGCUGAGGCGGAGCAUCCAGGAGUGGCAGACGCUUCCUCGACACGCGACAGCACGCACAGGGCUCUGGGAUUCAGACGGCCGAAGAGCCCAAACAUUCACAGUGGGACUCACGGACCAGUAAGGGUGGAGAGGACCAAGGUGCUGAACGGACGACACGUUCCCCCGCUCAGAGUCGGAGACUUCAUACGGACAUUCCCGUUCAAUGCUGCUACUCUGAGGGCCUCGCGGCAGGAUCUGGAUGUUAAGAUGGUCCUACGGGAGCUCCACCAGCUCACUGCUCAGUUGGCCACACCAGGCGAGAGGUGGAGGAGAGAAGAGGAGACAACGGGUGGUGAAGAAGACUUAGACGCACUGUUGUGGGGACCGAAGGAUCCUCCGUUGCUCAGUCAAUGUUUUAAACCCACUUAAGAGUGGUGCUUUUUUCCUGAGAUUUUAGUUUGAGUUUUUACAGUUUGUUACAUCUGAGAAAGUGAAAGUGCACACAUCACUUCUGUACGCCAAAGUAUCUUCCCAGAAGAAAUUCCGGCGUGAAUUCACAAAGAAUGGAUUACGACCCCUGACAGCGUCUUGAAAUGUUGCUUUCCGCUCGGUCUCAAGGUCCCAUUCACCGUACACAAUAUGGUUAUUGCCGUGCAAAAAUCGUAUUUUCAAAAAUUACAUUUUUCAUGUCAACUGUCACUGCCAUUCCAAAAUGAAACGUUUUAACGGGAUAUGACUGUCUGCAUAUUAACUUAUACUAGAAAAUAACGAACAUAGUUUUCUUGGCAGAGAAGUUGGGGGUGCAUUUUAUCCUUUGCAGCUGCUUUGGGAAGUAUACAAUUACAGCAAUAAUUCUGUGUGCAGGUUUAGCAGCAAAAGCCUUUUUGUUUCCAGUGUUCAGCAUGUGGAAAAGUAGUAAUUAUAUUUAUUCACUGUGGGAUAUCACAUGUCAUUUAAAAAAAAAAAAAUCCGUAAUAAAUUAUUAGAUACAUGGUGGUAAAAUACAAAGUUACAUCUACAAUGUGACAUCUGUAA